AUGCAUCCCUUUCGCAAUUCUCAGGCUGAUCCGCUGGCGGAGAAGGCCCGAGCCAAGGUCCAGGAACUUGUAGACGAUGGGUUAUCACCCCAGCUGCUGUUGACAGCAGUACUCGAGAAGUGUAAUGAGUUCGCGUUGCAACAAUCAUGGCAGCAAGUUCAGAGCAACCUUGCCGCAGCCGGCCAUAUCGGCCUGUCCGCUUCGAAUGAUCGCUUGUCGGUGUCGACAACAAGCUCGAAGUCAUCCGGGAGGUCAAGCAUCAUGUCAACCGCGACAACGAUGAGCUCAGCGUCAUCACGUGGUGGGAUAGGAGAGGUAGGGGGAACGCAAGAGUUUACUGUCGCUGCUUCUGCUGCUGCUGCUGCGCCUGCUCCGCCGCCGCCGCCUGUACCUAAGCCGCCCGCGCCACCUGUGAAGAGCAGCAACCGCGGGGCAUCCAAGACACCAGGCACAUACUGGUGUACGUUCUGCAAUGUUGACUUUCAGCGCAAGUUUGAUUGGAAACGGCAUGAAGACGAAUUUCACGAGCGCUACAAGCGCUACCCCUGCCCCGACUGCAACCGGGUCUUUUGGGGCGCCAACACCUUUAACCAGCAUCACAAGAAUGCCCAUGGCUGUACCACUUGCCCGCAUGCUGACAAGGUGAUUAAGUAUACACGCCGCAAGACUGCCUGGCAUUAUGAAGAAGGUUGCAAAAAGUCAGAGUGGAAUCACUCCAAGGUUAUUUACGGCCUGCUCCAUAACCCCCAUGUCAAGCAAGCAUGGGACGAGCUUCAGGACGAGAAGUAUGGCCACCUGCCAAAGAAUCAACAACCGCGGAUAGGUUGGGACCCCAAAACCACCGGUCACGCUCAGGGCUUCUUGGAGGGUGAGAGCCCAGGCAACCUCCAGGAUCUGCUCGAGUUUUUCGUCGCGGGCCGUGACGAUCCGAAGGCUCUAGCUCAAAAGGCCGACGAAUGUGCCAUCAAGGUUUGGCCACACCAACUACGAAAGGACUCUUCCUCAGCCUCAAGCUCCAAUGCGACGUCUUCAUCUCCAUCCAGGCCUUUUUCCGAGCCGGCGAAGCCAAAGACCCCCGUCCCGAAGACUUCCACGAAACACCUGUCCUCGCCUGAUCGCCCGCUCCCUCCCGACCCUCCCGUUUACAUCGACGAGCCGCUACCAAAAAAGCAGCGCAACCACUCGCCCCCGGCCAAGAUUCAAACGCCCUUUGGCUCCGUGGAGAAGCCGCCCCUGCAGCCGUGCAUCUUUGACCAAGCCCAGUCGCCGUCGGCCGUCGUGACCCCGAUCUCACCUUUCGAUCAAACGAUGUUGGACACUACGAUGUCAACGCCUGCGACGGAAUCAACAAGCUUCUUUGACUUCUCCACGACACAGCUCCUUUCACACACGCAGCAGCCAACAUCGCAACCACAACAGCAACCACAACAAUCCCCACAUCCACCACAGCAGCCAUUUCAACAACCACAACAAGGCCAUCACCAGGCACCCCAACUACCGCAGCUGCAACAUCAACAGCAAGACCUCCUUCUGUCACCCACCGUCUUUGACGACUGGAGUAGCACGGCAGGCACGAUCGUUGAUCCUUCGAUAUUUACCAGCGUUAUGGCUUUGGGCCCAGGGUGGCAAACCGAUUUGCAUCAGCAGCAUUUCGGAUCGGCGGGAUGA